CCUGCCUGUACAUAAGCUCGGACAUGUGUAAACGUUACAUGAGCACUACUGACUAAGAACAAAAUGUCUGUGCCAUUACAACACUUUCAGCAGUGUGCCCUCGAGACAUUUACCCACAUCCUUGCUCAUUAGUACUUACACUUGCCCAGUGUUAAUGUUAUUUGUCGUCAGUUCUCGGAGGAAGUGUAGAGUCGUGUUUUUAACCAAGUGUAUUGAGUGUAAAAUGCCAGCGUGGGUAUAAUGACUGCUUAAAACAGUCAAUCUAAACGCUCCCCGGAACUGCUGCCCAUUUCCAGAAUGUGUGUGUGGGGGGGAGGCUUCUCUCUCCGACAGCCUCCGGUGGAACCGAGGCGAGCCUUCAGCUCAAGCAGCUAAUCAGGAGCCUCCAUUUUCGUGACAGCGCGGCUGUAGCAGCCAAUCAGGAUUCUCGUCACUUUGGCAACUCUGUUGAGGGAUGAGUCAUCUGGCGGCGCCGCUGAAAUAGACUUGUUGAGUCGCGCCUGUGCAUUUAGACUCUGGCUCUGGGAAAAGAGCGCAUUCAGGGGGGAAAAAAACAUGCACUAAGGCUCUCUGAGUGAAUCUCCAGCCAGCCAAUUAAUCUACGUUUCAUCGCCCGUUGCCAGGUACCAGCCACCUACGCUGUGGUCUGAUGUGCACUUUAUCACUGUGCAAAAGGACGAGUGUUUUUGAUGUCUACACACCGACUCCCUCUGUGGCCAUGUUUACACGCUCUAAUGGGCUAUGUUGUCUUCAUACUGACUUCCCUGCCAGAACUCAGCACAGGUCAGAACUGUUCUCACCCGAUUAUCCCUGAGCAUGGUGGCUUUUACUGUAAGCCUUCUCCAUGUAGGGGCUUCCCUUCAAGGAGUCGUAUCUACUAUUUCUGUGAGUCGGGAUAUGUCCUGCCGAAAGCCGUCCACCACUCCAACUGCCGCAAAGGCCGAUGGGAGCCCAGUAUCCCCACAUGCGUACCUAACACAGCUGGACAUGCUAAAUAUGAAGACAGAGUGACCAAUUCUAUCCCGAGUGUGGCUACUACUGCUGUGGGCGUUUCCAUCUUUCUUCUCACCACCACGGCCUGCAUGGUCAUCAAGUCCCGGCUCUACCCUUGCCAAUCUCGAAGCAGGCGAUCGUCUGAUCAGUUGGACUUGAUGGUGGAUGGCUUGCCUGUGUCUCUGCCCACCUAUGAAGAGGCGGUGUACGGAAGCUGGGGUCAGCGCAUCCCGCCCUUGCGCGGACCCACUCAGCUCCUGCUGGCCUCGUCAGAGAACAGCCCAUUAUCAUCUCUCAUCCAGUCAGCUUCCAGUAACUGCACAGACACUUCGAAUCAGAGCACAGAGGCGCCGCCACCUUAUGAGGACACACCCCCACGUUCUGUAGCUGGAGGAAAUGAAGGAGAAGCGCGGGCCUCGCACAUCGCACUUUCUAUUGAAAAGGACAACUAACUUUUGGGUGUGUGAGCUCACUCACCUUCAGCUUAUUGAUUGUUCGUUCUCUUGCCAUGCUUCAUACCUAUCGGUGUAGUUCGGUCGGCUUCAGAGGUUUUUUAGUUAAACAAUGUUUUUGGCACUUAUUUUAUUUGAAUGAAACCAUGCAGUUGAGAGGGGGUAGAUAUUUAGCAAACGAAUGACCGUGUGAGAUGUGCACAGUGAUAUUGAUUGUGUUGAUGUUUUCAGUGGUGCUGGAGACAUGUUUAUCGUUGCCCUCAGUGAGGGGAGUAGACCACAGUGGUCUCGUGGACUGUAAUAACAGACAUUAUCGUAGUGGACUGUGACUUUCUGUUGCAUGACUGCAACUAGGUGGUUGAGUAAAUGAAUGAAUGAAGGUGACUCCAGCAGAACUGGGGGAUUGGUGGUGUCUCCUCCACUUAUGCCACAAGUACAGAUUAUUUCAAAGACUAAAAGGGCUUGCCUAGGUGCUGAGCUGGGACUAAUUGCUCAUUUCUGGCCUGAGGGAAGCAUUUUCCCUUGGAUCUCAUCUUGGAUCCCUCAUUCUGUUUAUUGUUUCAUGUCUGCCUUGUCCAUUAAUUGGGACUGCUGCUGAGUGCUCUUAUUUAACAGGUGGAGUGUAGGAGAUAUAUGAUGCUUUGCACUGAGGUUCCCUUACUUACUUAUUACUUGCUUAUUAUUUACUGCAUUAGUAAACAUUAACCAGCUGUGAACUUCAACAUUAGUAAUGUUAACAUUUUAAUAAAGUAAGUUAAUACAUGUACUAAUUGAUGUUUGUUUAAAUUUUAAUGAAAUACACCCCACUGCCAAAUGAUUUAGUCCAUAAUUUUAAAAAAAUGUCAACGUAAACUGACAGAAAUUAGUUUACAGCAUUUUCCUAAAUGUUGAGAACUUGCAGAACUCUGUGACUUGCUUUUCAACCUCAGUUCUGAAUGUUCAGUUAAACACAAAUGUUAAUUAAGGUGCUAGUUAAUAAUGCUUAUUGUGGAUUUAAUCUGACUCAUUAAUAGUAAAUUAUAUGGCUUAUUUAAACAUCACUUAAUACAAGUGUUAGUUUCAUUAUUAAUGCUGAAGUUUAUGGCUUGUUCACAUUAACUAAUGUGUAAAAUAAUGUCAGUUACAGGAAGGUUAUAUAUAAAACACCUUCCUCCAAGCCAUGCUAUCUGUUCUCUGAUGCAGGUUAAUAGAAGAUGGUGUGUUUGAGAGCAUGUGCACAUUUGCAGUGAACUAUUGUUAUAACAGUCUCUUUUUUUUUUUUUAACAUUUGUAUAUAUAGCUUUUAGAUAUAACAUCAAGUGUGUAUAUAUUAUAUACACAUGCACACAGAGUACAUAUAUAAAUGGAUUAUAAAAUUGCUAAAUCUUUUUGAAUGGAAAAUGAUUAAAACUAGAUUUCAGAAAGACCCAUGUACUUCUCUUUGAGGUGUUAUUGAUUGACUUCUGAUAAAAUUGUGGGACUAAAUCAGAUUCAUGGUUCCUGCUAGUUUCAUGAGUAUGGUACAUCUAUCCCUGUUUCCCAUCUUACACUAAGAUAGCAUUCCUCUGAAUUAAAAAAAAGUAAAUUUAUAUCAUUUAUUACAGUACAUUUGUAUCAGUGAAGCAUAGAAAGUACAACAAGCUUUUUACUCUCUCGAUCUUUACUCUUUAUAAGAGCAUACAGUAGCCACUAUUGUUAAAAUUCAACUCCACUGAAACACAGGCCAUGUCUUCAAAGAACAGCAGUGUGAGGAAACAUUAUGAAAUUGGAAAAGAGGAGGGAAGUCUGAGUUCACUUUUUUUUU